CGCCGGAGAACCUCCUCACGGGAAAUUCUCAAACCUUUAAGAAAGAAAAGACUGACGGUGGCUGCAAGCUGUUUGGUCACCAACAAGACGCGAGAAGCUGAAAGGGAUUGCCGAGAUAAAGGAGAGAAGAAAGUUAAAGAGUGAAGAAAAAUAUAUGACUGUUGAGGAAUUUAUUUAAACAAGUGCGGUUCUACUCCCUGUUCUGGAUCACACAGGAUUGUGGGAGAACUACGGUGUCCAGCAUGGAACCUGCCGAAUCAGAGAUGAGCAUCAUUCCCAAUGGGAAAGGUCAUGACCUGGCUGAAGACAUGUGCGUACCAGUGAAGACCAUGCUUGAGGAGGAGCAAAAUGGCACUCAUAAAAGCAGAUUUGAUGACCCAGAGGGAGCCAUGGCAGAGAGCGAGGAGUUCCUGCCCAACAGUGAGGGCAAGAAGCCCACACGCUUCACUGACUUUGAAGGGAAGACCUCGUUCGGCAUGUCUGUGUUCAAUCUGGGUAACGCCAUCAUGGGAAGUGGCAUUCUUGGACUGGCAUACGCCAUGGCAAACACUGGCAUCCUGCUGUUUCUGUUCCUCCUGACAGCGGUGGCUCUUCUUUCAUUGUACUCCAUCCAUCUGCUGUUGAAGUCCUCUGGAAUCGUGGGGAUGCGAGCCUAUGAGCAACUGGGCUUCAGGGCUUUUGGCCUACCUGGCAAGUUGGCUGCCGGCAUUGCCAUCACCCUGCAGAACAUUGGAGCCAUGUCCAGCUACUUGUACAUCGUGAAGUCCGAGUUCCCACUGGUCAUCCAGGCUUUCCUGAAGGCAGAACCCUCGGCCACAGAGUGGUAUUUAAAUGGCAAUUACCUUGUGGUGAUGGUCAGUAUCAUGGUGAUCCUACCGCUGGCCUUCAUGAAACAGCUUGGUUACUUGGGCUACACCAGUGGCUUCUCACUCAGCUGCAUGGUCUUCUUCCUCUCUGCAGUCAUCUACAAGAAGUUCCAGAUCCCCUGCCCCUUUGAGGAGUACACAGCCAAUGCCACGGCCGCUCACAUGCUCUCCAACAUCUCAUUGGUCGACCACAGCCACUCCUACCACAACGGGCUCGUGGAGGACGACGCCCACUGCGGCCCUCGCUUGUUCACGAUGAACUCACAGACAGCCUACACCAUCCCCAUCCUGGCGUUUGCCUUCGUGUGCCACCCCGAGGUGCUGCCCAUCUACACAGAGCUGCGCAACCCCACCCAGAAGCGGAUGCAGCACGUGUCCAACCUCUCCAUCCUCAUCAUGUACACCAUUUACUUCCUGGCUGCACUCUUCGGCUACCUGACCUUCUACGGCAACGUGGAGCCAGAGCUGCUGCACACUUACAGCCGCAUUGACCCCUAUGACACGCUGAUCCUCUGCGUCCGAUUGGCUGUGCUCACUGCUGUCACUCUGACUGUGCCAAUCGUGUUGUUCCCGGUGCGCAGGGCCAUCCAGCUGAUGCUCUUCCCUACUUGUGCCUUCAGCUGGAUCCGUCACAUCGCCAUUGCCGUCAUCCUCCUCACCUUAAUCAACAUGCUCGUCAUUUUCGCCCCCAACAUCCUGGGGAUCUUUGGCUUCAUCGGUGCCACCUCUGCUCCAUGCCUGAUCUUCAUCUUCCCCGCCGUCUUCUACAUCCGCAUCGUCCCCAACGACAAAGAACCCAUGAACUCCACCCCAAAGAUUGUGGCGGCGUGUUUUGCUGUUCUUGGUGUCCUCUUCAUGACCAUGAGCUUGAGCUUCAUCAUAAUUGACUGGACAACAGGCAGCAGCAAUGCUGGAGGCGGCCACUAGGGGGAGGGUGUGUGCAUGAACUAUACAACUGCUUGUGAGAGAGUGUGAGUGUGUGUGUGUGUGUGUGAGAGAGAGAGAGAGAGAGAGAGAGAGAGAGAGAGUGUGUGUCUGGGUGUAAGUGUGCCUGUGUGUUUGCAGUGUCUGGGCCAGGGAGAGUCCAGCAGAAAGGAAGCAGGGAUGUGGGUUUUGAGAAUCUAACUGGUCAUGGUUUUUACUAUUAUCUCAUAGAAAUGCUCUCUCCACCAAAACAUUAUAGAGACAACAUUAGGCCUACAGAACUCCAGUAGGCUCAAUCCACUAUCAAGUCCAGCCUUUGACAGACAGUUAGAAGAGAACCAGUCAAUGCUAAUCUUGCAGGUUUUGGAUUGUUUUCUGUCAAACUUGGAUAAACACUCACUACAUUGCAGUAUUCAGGUGUGGUGGAAGAAUUGAAUAUCACAAAAACUUAAAACAAACAUAUGGCUACCUCCCUAGUGCUCUAAAUCGGAUGGGAUGCCGCAGCUUUACAUUGACCAACCACUACAUUAAAACAAAGCUUCCCAAUAGAGAAUGAAGCUGAACUGGAUGAUGAGGACAAAUCUGAAGUUGCUUCUCUUGUCUGCAGCUCCUUGACAACAUUAGGUUGUCCCUAGGAGAGAAAGAAUGGCAUAGCCAUAAUCAGACUGGUUUAGUAUUCACUGUGUACCGAUUCACCCUUUGCCAGCCCCAUGCUCUGUGUUGUAUCCUCUGGACCCAACCCCACAUCUAACCUGUGGGUAUACAUACGCAUGAACUACAGCUACAGCACUGCACCCACUGACAGCAGAAACUUUAGUAGACUUUUGUACACUUCUUUUUUAGUAGGGAAACACAUAUUAUUAUUCAAUGUGUGUAUGUAUGUAUGUAUGUAUGUAUGUAUGUAUGUAGUGUUAGGUACUUAUAUGUAUAUAUGCACACAGACACACAUACACAUAGAAGCUCAAGUUACAUGUUAUUUUAUUAUUUCAGAAUUGGAACUAAUGUGAUUUUUUUUAGCUGAAUAGUGGCUCAAUGAAUGUCAUUGGACAGAAAAGGGAGGAGGGAGAUGUUGUCAGUCUAGAUAUUUUCCUGCUUUGACAGUUAAGUGAAGUAACAGUAUUGGUACUACUGUUAGCAUCUAAGCAUUACGUGCCAAAGCCAGCAUUUUACUGUCACAGAUCGAGCUGGGACCUUGGCCCCCGUUCUUCUAUGAGUACAAAAUAAAACUAUUCAGGAGAGAUUCACUAACGCUAGAGAAAACAUCAAAACCGUUAUAUCUAUAUUUAUUUGAAUAUGUAUCAAGUGUUUUUAAUUUCUCAAGACAGAUUAUAUGUAUUUCAGCGAAUAGUGUGUAAAGAGUACUUUAUGAUCAGACACUUUAUGAUCAGGUACUUGAUCAUCUAUUCCAGUGCCUAUUGUGUAUAUUGUGUGUAGAGGCAAGAGAGAGUAUGAUAAUCACUUUUGUGCAAGACCACAGUUUCAGAAAAACAGGCAUAAUCUAGAGCCUUUAUGAUUGACCCCUUAAAGCCUUAAAGGUCAAAGGGUUUGGCUUCAGUAUGCACCAAAGCCCCUUUCUCCCAUAAAGGCUUUUUUCUUGGUGAAGAUGUGCGAUGUAAUACCUUUAGAUUUCUAAAGAUGCCUCUUUUCUGAGUGUUGUGGCAGACAUGUUGAGGUGCUCAGGCAGGUGGGUGUGGAUCACCAGCAGACUGCUGAGUCACCUGAGAGAGGCACCAGCCCACGCUCAAGCCCUCUCACCUGGGAGUGUUGGUUUGGAGCAGGUGGAACGCUCCAAAUUCAGUUUUUCUUGACUGUAAGACCGGCAGACAAGUGUUAUUUUUUGGCUGAAGGAGAAGGACAGCCAAAAACCAUUACCCCAGAAGUGGAGUAUUCAUUCAUGUCAGUUUGCUGAUGAGUUUUGUAUUCCUUUGUGUCUUACUUGUCUCGAUGUCCCGUCCCGUCCCGUCCCGUCCCGCCCCGUCCCCCCCCACUCCUCUUGCCACCUUCACAGGCCCAGAUCUAGACAGCUCAGGGGCGACAGUGGUACAGUGGUAGAGAAGUCGUUUAGUAAUCAGAAGGUUGCUGGUUCGAUUCCCUGUCGAAGCGUCCUUGAGCAAGACACUGAACCCCUAAUUGCUCCUGAUGUGCAGUGUGCCAUCAGUGUAAAUGUAAAAUGUGUAUACAUUGUAAGUCACACAUAUGUAAGUCGCUUUGGAUAAAAGCGUCUGCUAAAUGACUAAAUGUAAAUGUAAAGCUCAGAUUAGGGAGAGGGAUUCGAAAUUUGAGGUGGUGGGCACCUUUUCACACAGUGGACUAUACUACAGUGUAGAGCUGUGCUCCUAGUUGUAAUGUACGACUGAUCUGGAUAUUAUUACACAUUACCACUCAUAUACAUACAUACAGUUGCACUCAAAAUGAUCUGCUCAUGAGGAAUAGGCUGAUUCUGAUAGAGAAGUGUGAGCACUCACUUGAGAUUUGGGAGUUAAAUAAUUUUUCACAUUUAAAUAUUUUAAUUUUUAUAUUUUAUGUUUGAAGUAUAUUUGAACCCAACAUUAUGUUCUUAAAGCCAUCCCUUUAAACAGGAAAGACUUAUUUAUGAAUGUUCACUCAUUCUUCUUGCAGAUCACUUCCAGUGUCUGUGAAACCUUUUGUGUCUUUCAUGCUCGUGUUUAAGAUUUACCCACAUAUUUGCAGGGCAUUCCAAAAGCUAAUAUUUGCUUUUCAUGAAGUACUUCAUGGUGUAUUUUGAGGUACGCUUUGAAUCGUUGUCCUGUUGUAGAAACUAGUAUCCUGUAGGUGUCAGUGUGUUUUCAGACUACUUGACAUUGCAUCCUGAAAUGUAGUGGUGUCCAUACUUCUCUUUAUUCAUACAAUGUUUGAUGUGCCACUGGCUACCAGAAAAUCCCACAACAGAAUAGAUCCACCCGCACCCUUAAUAGUUGUGAAGGGGUUCUUUUCAUCAAAUGCUGCUCAUUUAUUCUCCACACACCUCUUUGGUGAUAAUGGCCAACACAACACAAUUAUAACUUCAUCUGUUCACACAUCUUAUUUCCAAAAUGACUUGGCUUAUCUAGAUUUUGUUUUGCAUAGACCUACUUCAAACUCUGAGGCCAAUGUCAAAUUUUGCCUAGCUGCAGCAGUGUCAGGGCCGGCCCAGAGGGAAAAGGCUCUGUUAUCGAACGUAUGGGCAACCUCUGAUGCCAUGGCAGUGCCCACGAUAGGCUAGUCAGUAUUACCUGAGAACAGAGAACUGAAUCAUUCAACACAGUCAAGCGAACAAGACGUUGCAGCUGUCACAACUGCUCUCCACCUGGAGCUGCUGAAAUAUUGAAACACGUGACAGGAGCUGAUUACUGGUCAUGUCAUGUCACCUUCCCUUGUAGCCACGUUUGUUAUGGGUGUAACCAUAGCAACGUAACUCUACAACACACUACUGCGUGGCAAUGAUUUGCAACAAAACACAAAACAUGAUUAGAACAAAAAAUUAUUCUUAAAUCAAAGAACUACUCCCAGAAAUGGUAACGAUCAGUUCAUGUCCUAAAUACGUUCAUUCUCUCUGAAGAGAAAAUGUAUUAGUAUAUUUUACUGUGCUGGCCGACUUGACACUUGACCGUGAUCUUAAUCUGUACCCAGAAGCAUCACAAUGUGUCAUUUGUAUGGUUCAUUCUGAAACUGCUGAAGGUAAAUGUAGAUUUCAUAUGUUCAUUAUGGAACCUCUGUGCCUGGUUGGUACAGAAGCUCUCAUUACUAAAAUCAAACGUCAGUGUCCCAUUUCAGUGCCUGAGAUUCAUUUGCACAAUAAUUGCAUGUAACGUUCAGGAGAAGAUAUGAUGAAAAAUGUUUUGUACGUCAGUCAAAGGAUCUUGUCAGUGUGAAACACCGUUUGGAUAUUUGAUUGCUGUACAAUGAAAUGUUUUUAUAUUUGUAUUCCCUCACAUAUCUCAUUGCUGCUCAGUGCAGCCACUCCAUGGUGGCUGUUGUUUUGAUAAUCCAAUCGUAAAAAACACGAGUCCUUCAUAGGUCUUCAGUCAUUACCUCAUGCUGUAAGCAGUCAUGACCUGCCUUUAGUGAUGAUUAUCUUCACCGGUGCCAAAACUGAAUUCACCUUCAUCCAGUUUGCUUUUAGUUUCCUUUUUUCCCCCACGUUUUUUUUUCUUUUCAGAACAUAGAUGUAUUAUCUGUUCAUAAAAUAUUUGUCUUUUUUUGUUGUCUCAUUGAUGUCUCAUGUAUGUACAAGAUUUGGUAAUUGAUGUAAAAAAAAAAAAUCAAUUCUAAAUGAAUACAGACUUUGUUUUAUGGAUCUUUGGGCUCCUUUUGUAGCAUAUAUAAAUGAUGUCCCAUGUAUAUAAAGACUACCAACUUCUAUAUUUCAUGAUUAUUUAGCUUGUAUAGUGUAAAUAGCAGUUUUAGUUUGACAGUAAAAACAAAUGUGUUUGUUUUUAAAACUC